AUGCUGUUCAUAUCUGUCUAUCUAACAAUCUAUUCAUCUGUUUGCCUAUCUAUCUAUCUAUCUCAGUCUGUUCAUGUCUUUUAUCUCAUGUAUUCAUAUUUAUCUACUUAUCUAUCACAGUCUAUUCAUAUCUAUAUAUCUGAUAUCUGUUCAUAUCUAUCUAUCUAUCUCAGUCUGUUCAUAUCUAUCUAUCUAUCUAUCUUUCUCAGUCUGUUCGUAUUUAUCUACUUAUCUAACUGUCUAUUGAUAUCUAUCUAUCUAUCUGUUUGUAUUUAUCUAUAUCCUAUUCUGUUCAUAUCUAUCUAUCUCAUUUUAUUCAUAUUUAUCUACUUAUCUAUUUCAGUCUAUUCAUAUCUGUGUAUCUGUUCAUAUAUAUCUAUUGAUCUAUCUAUCCUGGUCUGUUCAUAUCUAUCUAUCUAUCUAUCUAUCUAUCUAUCUAUCUAUAUAUCUAUCUAUCUAUCUAUCUCAGUCUGUUCGUAUCUGUCUAUCUCUGUCUGUCUGUUCGUAUCUAUCUAUCUAUCUAUCUAUCUAUCUAUCUAUCUAUCUAUAUAUCUAUCUAUCUAUCUAUCUCAGUCUGUUCGUAUCUGUCUAUCUCUGUCUGUCUGUUCGUAUCUAUCUAUCUAUCUAUCUAUCUAUCUAUCUAUCUAUCUAUCUAUCUAUCUAUAUAUCUAUCUAUCUAUCUAUCUCAGUCUGUUCGUAUCUGUCUAUCUCUGUCUGUCUGUUCGUAUCUAUCUAUCUAUCUAUCUAUCUAUCUAUCUAUCUGUCCAUCUAUCUAUCUAUCUAUAUCUAGCUUGGAACAAGUUUACCUUCUUUCCACCUGUGAACCAGUUUUUUAUUCUUUCUUUCUUUCUUCAUACAUCAGUCAGUCCCAGAGACAAGGAACUGAAUGAAGUACACUCACCUGGGAAAUUCUGGUUUUGUUUUCUUCUUCUUCUAUUGUACUUGACAGUCAUUGCAUUCACUGUCAAUGUAUGA